ACGCGGCGCGCGCGGGGUCACCGUGGGCGCUGAGGGGGCGGCGGGCAGCGGGGUGCGAGCCGCCGUGAGGGCGGGCUGCGGGGCCUCCCACUGCCCGCUCCCGGUGCCCGCCGGCGGCUCCCUCUGUGCCCUCUCUGCUCCCGCCCGGGUCACGGUGCCCUCGGGUCUCGCUGGCUGCGGGCCGAGCCCGCUCCGUCCCUCCAGGGCCGGUCCCGCAGCACGGGGGGCCGACGGGGGCUGCCCGCGAAGGGCGUGGGGGUCUGUGGGGUUUCGGGGCCUGUUUUUCGAGUCUCUGAGGGCCGGGGAGCGGCGAAUGCGGAGCGGGCAGCGGGGCUCCUGGGCUGUGGCAGCAGGUGGUGGCACCUUGUCACGCCGCGCGUGAGCUCCCCUUGGCAGGGAAGGGAAAUAAACCGCUAAUGAGAGGGUGUAGAUGCUCCCAGCAGCGCGGCCGUGGCCCACUGCCCGAGGCAGUCCCUGCGAGGCUCCCUUCAGCGUGCUCAGAACAUGCUCUGGGGGCUCACUGCGAGGUCUCUUGCUUACUUCUGGACUUGGACAGGCCUAAUCUGUGAAGAUAAUUAAAGUUCCUCCACUGUGGAUGCUAGCCGCGGCCAUGGCCCCGCUGCCGGAGGCGGAGCUGGUGCGCAGCUCGGUGCAGCUGUACCGGUACCUGCUGCGCUGCUGCCGCCGCCUGCCCGCGGGCCCCGUGCGGCAGCACUACCGACACGCCAUCCGCCAGGUGCGUCCCGGGGCUCUCCUGCCGCUGAACCAACCCAAACUGCCCCCCUGCGGCCUUGAGACCUUGAGUUUCAAAGUCCAUGCUGAUGAAGACGAUCCUGAGCGAAUCCAGCAGAUCAUUAAGAGAGCCAUUGAAGAUGCUGACUGGGUGAUGAAUAAAUAUAAAAACCAGGAGUAGAAGAGGAAGGAUGAAACCAAGGAGGACAUUGGUAAACAUCCUUAGAGGACUUGCAGUCAAGCCCAGCACUAUAUUAGAAUUAUUGCCUGAAAUUUUGUCUUGGAUAAUAUAAAUACAAUAAUUUAUAUUUCACUGGGAUGUCAUGAAGCUAAAUUAAUAAUGCUGAAGAAAUUUAA